AUGACGGGUAGAAAUCUAUGGAUAAGUGGUGUCACCAUGGCGGUGUUUAUUGUCAUGGUUACCUCGUAUCCACAUGGAGCUCCAGAUAGCGCAUGCGCAACUCUGAUCCCGGACUCACAUGGGCCUUCCUCUUCUACUGGCCCGUCGCCGUAUAUUUUACGUUUGUCUUCUUCUACCUACAGCCCGAACCAGGUUAUUACAAUUACACUGGGUGGCGCAUCUCACAAAGGAUAUCUAGUUGUAGGACGCAGAGCGGAUGGCACAGAUCCAAAUCCUGUUGGCUUGUUUCAAAACCCAAGCUCAGAGUCUAGACUAGCCUGUGCUACGAGUCCGACUGGAAAUGGAAUCACACAGACCAAUAAUACAGUGAAAGCGACAAGUUCAUUUGAAUGGAGAGCACCUAGUGCAUCUGUUGGGGCCAUCCGGUUUGACUUUACCGUAAUCCGCGGUGGAGCUCCUAACACUAAACCAGAUGCCAGCGAUUACUACGCAAAUGAACGUUCUAGUCCUCUGACACCAGUCGGUUUCCAUGGACACAAGAAG